GGUCAAUGCGAUCAGUUGUUUUCGAGCUAUCGAGGGUGAAGGUGGUGUUUUUUUUUUUACCGGUCGUUUUAAUUCGAUCGUCGAGACAAGAAUCAAGUAAUAUUAUCGAGACAAUAAACAGCUGUGUCGAGCACAGUUUUCGUCGCGAUUUGUGGGUGUGAACUUUCAGUGUUUCUCGUUCGUUUCUUCACUCUGAAGGUACACGCUUUUGGGGUGACAGGAAUAAUUCAACGAGGUGAAGAAUGUUUGAUCGCGACACCGCGAUACACCUCGUUGCUGGAGGAGUGGCUGGUACAGCAGGAGCGAUAGUUACGUGUCCUUUGGAGGUGGUUAAAACACGAUUGCAAUCUUCCUCUUCCGGUUUCUACCCGCCCCCGGUGAACAAGGAGCUCACUUCCGGUCAUGUCACAUGCAAGAGCUUCCCGAAACCGGAACAAAGGAGGAGGCUAUGCACAGGAGGAUACACUAGGCAUGCCCUAGUCGCCCUGUCCCACUUUGGCUCUACCCCCCCGGAAGGCACUCCCCACAGUCAUUCACCUGGUAUCUACCAGUGCAUAAGGUACAUCGUCCAGAACGAAGGGACGAAGGCCCUCUUCAAAGGACUCGGGCCGAAUCUCGUGGGAGUCGCGCCGUCUAGAGCGAUUUACUUCUGCGCUUAUUCGAAGAGCAAAAUAGCCUUCAACGCGAUCCUUACCCCGGAUACGCCGCUCGUUCACGUGUUCUCCGCAUUCUGCGCUGGUUUCGUGGCAUGCACCUUGACAAAUCCUAUUUGGUUCGUGAAGACCAGGCUACAGCUGGACCAUCGGUCGGACAAAAUCACCGCGAUGGAGUGUGUGCAAAGGAUAUAUCGCCAAUCGGGUAUCCUGGGAUUCUACAAAGGCAUCGUAGCCUCCUACGUAGGAAUAAGCGAAACUGUGAUACACUUUGUGAUCUACGAGGCGGUGAAGGCUUCGUUAGCGGCAUACAGGAUUCCAGACGAUCGCAAAACGUUGCGCGAUUUUCUAGAAUUCAUGGCCGCUGGUUCCUUCUCGAAAACGAUCGCCUCUUCCAUCGCUUACCCCCAUGAGGUUGUCAGAACGCGACUGAGAGAGGAAGGUACAAAGUACUACGGUUUCUUUCAAACUGUAAGAACCGUGCUCGCCGAGGAAGGCCCCCAUGGUUUGUAUCGUGGACUCGGUACCCAUCUGAUCAGGCAGAUACCGAACACAGCGAUCAUCAUGGCAACGUACGAGGCGGUGGUGUACAUCCUAAACAGGCACUUCCACGAACAAGCUCUGAUCAAUAACGCUAAGGAAUCCCAAUACUACACGGAGUCGAAAUCGAAGAGCGAACUCGCCUAGGACUUGCUUUCGGCCCCCGAGUAACGAGGGCCAAUUGGCUCGUAGCGAAUCCUGAAGCUGCGUCCAACUCGCAACACCCGUCCAAGAGCGUUCCAGGGUGCCAUAGGGACGCCCCGAUGGACAACGUGCGCGUUUCCAUGCUCGCAGGAGACGCUGGCCUACGCCUUUAGCUGUCCAGAUUCGUUACGUGGAAGGUAGCAAAAGGUAUCGCAGCGAGCCUAUCGCUGUAUACUUUGUAAGCGUAGCAAAAAGUAGUCCUUCCUCCUUUCAGGUAGCGUACGUACACGCGCGGAACAGCCUCUGACUGUACAUCGCCAACACAGACGGGAUACGAAGCAGGGAAAUGAAGCUGGAAUUAAAUGAGAGUCAGUUACCGUCUUUUAUUCACGGGGUGAUUUGUAAGAUUCGAUGAACCCGCGUUGCCUGUAGUCUGUUCUUUCAUUGGUAGCGAUACGAGUAGACGCGAUGGAGGGUCAUUUCAGGUGUCUUUGGUAGUUUCUGAAAGUUUUGAAAUUCGAAGGAGCUUAAAAAAAAAAAAUAAAAAUCACUGAAAUGGCUCUGUAUUCAUUUGAUGCAGUAUUACGAUCUCGCUAGAACCUGCGCACUUAAUUUAGGCCCAAAAGUUAAUAUACUAAAAUAGAAAGGAAAAAUGAUUGCUUCUGAAUAUGAUCGUUGUACCUAAUUUGAUCAUUGUUAAAUAAACUAUCGAUAUCUUUCUUCGAAUAGAAACAUCAAUUAGUUUGUAAUAACCUCCUCGAAGAAAGCCAUUUCGUUAUCGCUUAAAAUAGAAGUUAAUAUACGUAAGAUAAGAUUUCGACAUAUGCAAUACCAGUUUUACAUUCUAUAAUAUGUAAUUUGUAAAUCAACGAAGAGGGAAGUUCGCGAUCACUGGACGCGUUGAUUACACAACCUCGAUGAUUCUGUAAAUGGUAGAAAUUAGAUAAUCCUUGUACAUAGAACAAUAAACGCGUUAUACACACACAAACACGUUAUGUGUAUAUAAAAAUAUACCAGUAGAUUCACA